AUGGUGCAGUACUGGUUUGAUGGUGACAAACAUGAAGUGAAACCUGCGCCUCACGGAAAUGCCAAGAAAAACAGGAUGCCUUUUCGAAGAACACGUCAAAGCACAAAAGACAAACUGCGGGUAGCAGCGACAACAAUGCAGCCAAAACGUGCGUACAACCAAACCAAAGCAACUAUUGGAAGAACCUAUGAUUUGCCAUCCAUAGCAGCUGCGCCAAGGGACCCAAUGCAAGCCAAAAACUUCCGGAAAAUGUCUGGUAAUCAAUCUCAUCAGUUCAAGGAGAGUAAUUGCAGUGAUUGUCAAGACCACAGUGAUCCUCUAUUUGCUGUUCUGCUCCAAUGUAAAGAGCAGCAAGGUGACUUGAACACCGCAUUUGUCAGAGAGGUUCGUUGUGCUCCAGAACCAGAGGUUGUGUGUGCCACACAACAACAACUUGUAGACACAGAACGGUUCUGCUGUAAUCCCCAUCAGUUCACUGUUUUAGGGGUGGACCCAUCAUUUAACGUUGGCAAGUUUUGCUACACCCUAACUACCUACAGGCAUCUCAUGGUUGUUGACAAGGUGACAGGAAAGCAUCCAGUUAUGAUUGGUCCUAUCCUGUUCCACAUGAGAAAACUGGAGGCCUCAUACAAGCUUCUCACAUCUACUAUGGUGAACUUAAAUCCAAACCUGUCAGGGUUGAUGUCGUUUGGAACAGAUGGAGAGUACAAUGUAGCAAAAGCAUUCUCUGAUCAAUUCGUAUUUGCAAUGCAGAUGAGAUGCAAGAAGCAUUUAGAAGACAACAUAGAGUCAGCAAUGGUGCGCAUUGGUAUCCCAGCGAAGAUGAGAAGGGAAAUACUUGUAGACAUCUUUGGAGUACAAGAGGGCAGUACGAAGUAUUUUGGACUUGCUGAUGCAAGCAAUACUGUUGACUUUGAUGAGAAACUCGGUCACCUCCAGCAUAAAUGGGCUGAGGCCGAUCCUAUGGGUUUGGAGUUUGGAGAAUGGUUUAGGCGCAAUUCGGUGAAGGUCAUUAAAGACAGCAUGUUGCGUCCUUUGAGAGAACAAUGUCAACUUGGAUCACCACCUGAUUUCUACUAUAACAAUGGCAAUGAGUCUAUGAACAAGGUGUAUCAAAAGUGGUGUAAGGAGUCCUCGGGCAAAAGACAGCUCAGCAUGAGCGAGGCUACCAGAGAGAUGAGAGCACUGGUGGCACAGCGUCAGAUGGAUGUAGAAGAUGCUAUCUUUGGGGUAGGCCCUUACAAGAUAAUCCCAGAAUUCAAACACCUUGAAGUAGAAACAGCAGUAUUUAAAAGUAUGUCUAAGGAACAACGUUUGGCUGCUGUUAAACGUUUUAACAAGGUA